CCCUCACUGUAGUUCCCAUUCUUUCUUUGUUAAAAGCUCUGCAAUUCCGAUUGCUCAGAAACUCCUUCUCUCUCAACAAGAGGGGGGGAAAAAAUCCCUACGACUUCCCUUCGCAUAUCCCGGUGAGCUUGGGCGUCUGUCCAUUGUGGCUUUAGCAGGGUUUAAUACUUCGAAGAGAAGGCAUUUAGAAGGAACGACCGCUGAUCAUUGCUUUCCGCUGUAUCUGCCGACCUAGCUUUCAUAAUUUUUUCAAGAGAAAGGAAAUUCCAGGCCCAAAAUACUAGAUCAUCAUCACAAAAGGGAAGGGGUAAGAGUCAGUGAGCCAGAUUUCUGUUGCAAAGGAAGCUACAGACCUACAGAAGCAGAUUAUUUUACAAGGAACGGCGCAGUCUCCACUUGAUCCACAAGAGCAAGAAAUGGCAGAGGAACCUGUCAUGGGAACUGCUUCGAGAAGCUUCUCAUUAUAUGAGAAUGGUGGGCAAACGGUGAAAGAAUGCGAGGACAUGAUCCAAAGAAGCCUCCGAACUCCAACGGUGAAAUUUCUGAAAGAGCAUCUGGAGAAGGCUGGAUGUGUUCUUGGGGACAAGUUUAUCAAGGCUGUCCACUGUGAUAAAAAGAUGGCUGGUGGUUAUGUCCGUGGCGAAGGAAUAUUGGUUUGUAGUAACUACUUGACCAUCCAAGAUGAGGUUAAUCAAGUAGUUAUCCAUGAGCUGAUCCAUGCAUAUGAUGAUUGUCGAGCUGCAAACUUGGACUGGGCAAAUUGUGCUCAUCAUGCUUGCAGUGAGAUUCGUGCGGGCCAUCUAAGUGGUGAUUGUCACUACAAACGUGAACUUCUGCGGGGUUUUGUGAAAUUAAGGGGUCAUGAGCAAGAGUGUAUAAGAAGAAGAGUUAUGAAGUCACUGAGUGCCAAUCCAUACUGCUCGGAAGCAGCUGCAAAGGAUGCCAUGGAAGCUGUCUGGGAUGUUUGUUACAAUGAUACAAAGCCCUUUGAUAGAGCACCGUGACAACAUGGUAGUUGCUACUCUUUCAUCACUGCUAAGUUAAGCUUCAUCUCCAUUGCAAACUCCACCACCCCCACCCCCACCCCCCAACCCCACCAGGAAAAAAAAAAAAAAAAAGACAAAGAAAGAAGCUUCUGUUUUUUGGAAACCAUUCCGGAAAGGAGCGAAGCAGAAAUAGCUUCUGACGAGAUGGAAUUGGUCCUAUCCAGAUGGAAAUAAUUUUUUUGGGAGGAUCGUCCUUCCUGGUUUUCUUCUCUUUCCCUAUAUUUUGUGCCAUUCAAUUUUUUUUAUUGAGAUGUCACUGCCAAGCCAAGACAAGCCAAGCCAAGCCAAGCGUUUCUUUUUAACACGUCCUUACUGUGUACAAUUUAACAGCUCAUAUACAAUUUAAUUUUCUGUUUAAAUAGAAAGGAAAGCAUUCUUUGCUCCUCA